AUGGUCCUCGCCACGUCGUAUGCGUGGGCUUUGAUCCUGGCACUCGGCUCCGUCGUGCUCGCCCAGGCCGACGAGACGGGGGUCACGACCACCUCGACGCACCCGCCCACCACCGCCACUUCCAUCAACAGCACCACCACCACCACGGCCGCUGCCGCUGUCGUCGAUGCCGUCGUCACGUCCGGCGGCAUCUGCGAAGCCCGAACCAUCAACUACAUAACCCACAUCCUCCCCCAGUCCUGCCUCACCAGCUCGUGGGCGAGCGCGCGACCCGCCGCCGCAAGCAAUGGCAGCGCCAGCUCCUCCGACGGCGCGUCGGCCGUAGAUACCACCGCCACCACUACCGCCGACACCACGUCCGACACCCCUACACUGGCCGAAGAAACACAAACAGCCGAUGCCGCAGCCUCCACCUUCAUGUCCUUUGAGGACUGGAAGGAAAUGAUGCUGCGCAAGGCCGGGCAAGACCCCCAGGAAUGGCGGUCCCGCAAGCCCAGCGAGCACGCGGCCGACGACCGCAACCCCCCGGACUCGGGGCACGCCGGCCUGGGCGAGGAGGACGAGAUCUCGCUCAACUUCGACCAAUACUCGGACGGCGAGGACAAGGGUCGAGCGGCUGCCGGCGGUGGUGGUGGCGGCGGCGGCGGAGGUGACGCCGCGGACUCUGACAGGGCCACCCACGACGCCCAGGUCUACGGCGACGGCAAGGCAACCACGGUUCAUCGUAGCAAGGACGCUGGCAAGACCUGCAAGGAGCGCUUCUCAUACUCGUCGUUUGAUGCCGGCGCCACGGUGCUCAAGACCGCUGCUGGGGCUAAAAACGCCAGGGCCAUCCUCGUCGAGAACAAGGACACGUACAUGCUGCUCGAGUGCGCCGCGGCGUCCAAGUACGUCAUUGUCGAGCUUAGCGACGACAUCCUCGUUGACACCAUCGUUCUGGCAAAUUUCGAGUUCUUCUCCAGCAUGAUCCGUCACUUUCGCGUCAGCGUCAGCGACCGCUACCCCGUCAAGGUGGACAAGUGGCGCGAGCUGGGCACCUUUGAGGCCCGCAACUCGCGCGACAUCCAGCCCUUCUUGGUUGAGAACCCGCAGAUUUGGGCCAAGUACGUCAGGAUCGAGUUCCUGACGCACUACGGCAACGAGUACUACUGUCCCGUCUCGCUCCUCCGCGUCCACGGCUCUCGCAUGCUCGACUCGUGGAAGGACAGCGAGACUGGCCGCGACGACGACCCGCAGAUAGAGGGGGACAACAGCUCGGUCAGCCUCAUCCAGGGCGAAGCGACGUCAGAGUCCCCCGUGUCCACCGCUCAGGCCGGCACCCAGGACGGUAACGCCCAGCGGCCGAACGCGUCCUCGGACUGUUCUCCCGCUGACGUGAACCCGCUCAUCUUCUCGGCCGCCAUCUGUCCCGUGUCCGAGGCACCUCCUUCACAAACGCCCUCUCCAGUCAAAGACACAACCGCCUCCCCUGGAGGCAAUGAACGGCGCGAGUACCCAGACUCGGCCGUCCCAUCCACGACACAAGUCACGAAAGCAUCUACCACGCCGCGACAGGCGCCGCCGGAGUCCGCUCCGUCAACGCCCGCUCCAUCCGCCGCUGGGCCGAACUCUACCGUCGCGUCUCCGGAUAGUCGCCAAGCCUUCGCGGGCAACGCCACGGGCAGCAGCCCCGGCGCUGCCAGCGCGAACGGAUCCGUUGGCGAGCGCAACAGCAGCACCGUUGCCUCUCCGUCCACCAAGUCUUCCGUGUCCGGUGCUCCAAGCGGCAAACCAAGGGGGACCGGAACCUCUGGCGGGCCUGCUGCCUCCCCCACCGUCCAGGAGGGCUUCUUCAACGCCAUCACGAAGCGGCUGCAGCAAGUAGAGGCGAAUUUGACUCUGUCGCUCCGGUACGUCGAGGAGCAAUCCCGCCACGUGCAAGAGGCGCUGCAAAGGGGCGAACAGAAACAGCACGGAAAGGUCACCGGCUUCCUCAACGAGCUGAACCAAACAGUGUUGGCCGAGCUUCGCAACAUCCGCGAGCAGUACGACCAGAUCUGGCAGUCAACCGUUCUAGCCCUGGAAAGCCAAGCCCAAAGGUCCGAGCGGGACAUGAUGGCUCUCAGCACCCGUCUCAACGUCUUGGCAGAUGAGGUGGUGUUCCAGAAGCGAAUGGCCAUCGUUCAGGCCGUCAUUCUCCUCUCCUGCCUCUUCCUCGUCAUCUUCUCGCGCGGCGUGGCCCUGCCGUCGCUUGGCCCCUUGUCAGAUCAUGGCAUAGGGACUUCGUACACGGCCCCCAGCACCCCUGGCACGCCUCGUCGCGACGUGUAUCGGACGAGUCGUCUGGCGUACCAGGGUACGUACCAGGACAAGCAGGGCUUCGAGGAUCCCCAUGUUCGAGCUGUGCAUUCACAAUCGCUUUCGUCUGUACGAGGAGAGCUCGCUGGAUCGGCUUCGCCCGACGCUAUGCCAACAGUCCAUCUAGCUGAAGCGCAAAAGGCCCCAUCGGAGUAUAGACGCCUUUCUCCGCCACUUACCCCCAACAUGUCACCCGAGGACACGAGGACGCCAAUGGGCCCGGAAUCGCCAGAGCCCGACAUUCCUGGAGAACCCAGCAGUACGGCUGUUCGCCGCUCAGCGAACUUGACGCACCUGAGCUCACGCAAGCCGCUCCCGUCCCUUCCUGAACACCCAUCCCCGCCGCGCUAG